AUGGCGCCAGCAAAGAAAACUUGUCGCCAAUACAGCAUUAAUUAUUUAUCAUAUGGAUUUAUUGCUUCUCUUCAGAACUGCCAAUUAUCCAUGAAAGCAAAAACUCUUGUCGACUGUAAAUCAUUUAUCACCGUCUUCAUUUCGAAAUCGGUCCUGUAUAAAAUAAACAUUUCCAAACGUCGAUUGCAUCAAUUUCCACAACUGGAUUCUUUGAAAGAUGAAUUGGUUGAUGAGGAUAUCGUUACCUAUCGUGACUAUCCACAAUCAUUGCAUGAUGGCAUGAUGGAGCGAUUUCAAGAUGUUAUUACAUUGAAUAUUCCAAAUUGGUUAAGCAAACCGUUUGAAGUCCAAGCAGUCCAUUGCGAAGAGCUAAUUGAAUUGCGAAAUGAUUAUGGGGCCACAAUGCGAUAUCGGUUUCAUGGCAAAGAAGGCUUGUGGUGUCGUCAAAGUAUAUUGAAUUCUUACACGAACCCAUGGAAGCAUUUGAAAUUAAUGCUUGCCUUCCCAACGUCGUACAAAGUCGAAUCUGGUCUCAGUCUAAAAGCAGAAGCGGACUGGAUGGAGCCAAACGAGGAGACUUGCCAUUAA